AUACACCGCUGGUGUAGCUAACGGAGCGCGGAUAAGACUCCUCGGUUGACCUUGCUGUGAGCUGACUACAAACAACACACCGUCCAGGGAAAUUAUGACAGCCCCGAGUAUACCUGCCAUGCCCGCAUUACCCUACUCGGGAUUAAGGUUGUCAAAAGAGCAUUUGUUGGUUGCGCUGCCGGUGGCCGUGGUCGCAGCUGCAGGAGGUUUUCUAGUCAGCCAUUACCUGAAGGGGCAGGGCUGCAAGAAGUCCCAGGUGAACACAUGCAUCAGCAAAGACAGUCCCAAAGUGGUGCACAGCUUUGACAUGGAGGACAUUGGCACCAAAGCUGUGUACUGCCGCUGCUGGAAGUCAAAGAAGUUCCCUUACUGCGACGGCGCCCACGCCAAACACAACGAGGAAACCGGGGACAACGUCGGACCGCUCAUCAUCAAAAAGAGGGACGCUUAAAGCCAACCUAUCAGAGAACUGCGUGCUUCCUUGUCCUUUGUCCAGCCAGUUAUCCUCAUUACAGUGCAACACUGACGGUUACAGUAUGACACAGUCUUCUUCAUAGCCCAGAAUAGAGAGUGAGUUUCUUACAUUCCCGCUCCGCUCCUACACUAACCCCACCACUUUAAAAUCAAAGGUCAUUUUUAUUACGCAGAGAUAAUAAAGAGACUUUGACAAUCCACACACUCUGACGUUAAGGUGUUAUGACAUGUGCAGUCGCCUUUUUGACCCACUUAACGUGAAGCGUUCGGGGUCAAAAUUCCACCGCGCAGGCAUCAGACCUUCACGUCCGGCGUCCCCCUUUCUGUCUCCUCUCGUCCAGGUGUGGAGCAGGUGGUCGAAACAAGACGAGCCCGGCAUAUCUUUGCCUCAGCCCAGUUUUUUUUUUUUUUCCUUUCUUUUUUUUCUUUCUUUCUGCAUCUGAAUGCAGCACAGGCCUUACAUUAAUAUCUUAAGUCAGAACAUACUCGACCCAUAUGAAUGUUGCACGUGUUGAUUUUUGCACUACAAGCUGCUUAGUCAGAGGUAGAAGUCCUGUGUGUGUCAAAUGAAAUGAAAACCUCAUAUCUCUGCUGUGUGUAACCAGUUACUGUUAUCUGAGGAAACUGAUGUAUUUAAUCUGUAAAGUGUUCAAAACUCAGCUUAUAAAGGAUAUAUUUUGCUUUUUCAUCAGAUUUAUUUUGUACUGGCUGCGGUGUGUCUGACUUGAUGAAUCAUUGUUCUGUAUAUUGUGAAUAAAAACUUGAGUGAUCUGA